GUUAAUCCGCGCAGACACCACCGAAGGGACUCACCGGAGUGGAAUCCAAGUGGAAUUUGGAUUUGGAGAAGAGUUUCUUGAACAUUUACUCCUUCCUUGUUGGUUUUUUUUUUUUUUUCUUUCUUUUUUCCUCUCCCCUUCUGUGCCUGUCACUGGAGAUGAUCACGGCGCGUUUGCUUCCCAGAAAGUAGUCGCCGCGACUGUUACCCCCAAAGAGACAAGCACACAUGUAGGAAUGACAAAGGCUUGCAAAGGAGAGAGCGCAGCUUGCGGCCCGGAGAGAUCUCCUCGAUAAUGGAUUACUAAAUGGGAUACACGCUGUACCAGCCCGCUCCGAGCCCCGGCCGCCUGCACGUCGAUGCACCGAAAAGGGUGAAGUAGAGAAAUAAAGUCUCCCCGCUGAACUACUAUGAGGUCAGAAGCCUUGCUGCUAUAUUUCACACUGCUAUACUUCGCUGGGGCUGGCUUCCCAGAAGAUUCUGAGCCAAUCAGUAUUUCGCAUGGCAACUAUACAAAACAGUAUCCGGUGUUUGUGGGCCACAAGCCAGGACGGAACACCACACAGAGGCACCGACUGGACAUCCAGAUGAUUAUGACCAUGAACAGAACCCUCUACGUUGCUGCUAGGGACCAUAUUUAUACUGUUGAUAUGGACACCUCACACACAGAAGAAAUCUAUUGUAGCAAAAAACUGACAUGGAAAUCUAGACAGGCUGAUGUAGACACAUGCAGAAUGAAGGGAAAACAUAAGGAUGAGUGUCACAACUUUAUUAAAGUUCUUCUAAAGAAAAAUGAUGAUACUUUGUUUGUCUGUGGAACGAAUGCCUUCAACCCUUCCUGCAGAAACUAUAAGAUGGAUACUCUGGAACCUUCUGGAGAUGAAUUCAGUGGAAUGGCCAGAUGCCCAUAUGAUGCCAAACAUGCCAACGUCGCACUGUUUGCAGAUGGAAAACUAUACUCAGCCACAGUGACUGACUUCCUUGCCAUCGACGCAGUCAUUUACCGGAGUCUUGGAGACAGCCCAACCCUACGGACCGUCAAACAUGAUUCCAAAUGGCUGAAAGAGCCGUACUUUGUCCAAGCAGUGGAUUAUGGAGACUACAUCUACUUCUUCUUCAGGGAAAUAGCUGUGGAGUAUAACACCAUGGGAAAGGUAGUCUUCCCAAGAGUGGCUCAGGUGUGUAAGAAUGACAUGGGAGGGUCUCAGAGAGUCCUGGAGAAACAGUGGACGUCUUUCCUGAAGGCUCGCCUCAACUGCUCGGUUCCCGGAGACUCUCAUUUUUAUUUUAACAUACUUCAGGCGGUCACGGACGUGAUUCGUAUCAAUGGGCGCGAUGUCGUGCUGGCAACCUUCUCCACACCUUAUAACAGCAUCCCGGGGUCUGCAGUGUGUGCCUACGACAUGCUCGACAUUGCCAAUGUUUUCACGGGGAGGUUCAAAGAGCAGAAGUCUCCAGAUUCCACUUGGACACCAGUUCCUGAUGAACGAGUACCCAAGCCCAGGCCAGGUUGCUGUGCUGGCUCAUCAUCCUUAGAAAAAUACACAACCUCCAAUGAGUUUCCCGAUGAUACCCUGAACUUCAUCAAAACCCACCCCCUUAUGGAUGAGGCCGUGCCUUCUGUCAUCAACAGGCCCUGGUUCCUGAGGACGAUGGUCAGAUACCGCCUGACCAAGAUCGCGGUGGACACUGCUGCAGGCCCGUAUCAGAAUCACACUGUGGUUUUCCUGGGAUCAGAGAAGGGAAUCGUCUUGAAGUUCUUGGCCAGGGUAGGAAACAGUGGUUUCCUAAAUGACAGCCUUUUCCUGGAGGAGAUGAGCGUUUAUAACCCUGAAAAGUGCAGUUACGACGGAGUGGAGGACAAGAGGAUCAUGGGCAUGCAGCUGGACAAAGCCAGCAGCUCUCUGUAUGUUGCAUUCUCCACCUGUGUGAUAAAGCUUCCCCUUGGCCGGUGCGAACGACAUGGGAAGUGUAAAAAAACCUGCAUCGCCUCCAGAGACCCGUACUGCGGGUGGGUAAAGGAAGGUGGUGCCUGCGCCCACCUGUCACCCAGCAGCAGACUGACUUUUGAACAGGACAUAGAACGUGGCAGCACAGAGGGCCUGGGAGACUGUCACAAUUCCUUCGUGGCCCUGAAUGGGCACUCCAGUUCCCUCUUGCCCAGCACCACCACGUCAGACACGGCGGCUCAAGAGGGGUAUGAGUCUAGGGCGGGAAUGCUGGACUGGAAGGACCUGCUCCAUUCACCCGACAGCACAGACUCUUUGGGGGCGGUGUCUUCCCGUAAUCACCAAGACAAGAAGGGAGUGAUUCGGGAAAGUUACCUCAAAGGCCAUGACCAGCUCGUCCCUGUCACCCUCUUGGCCAUUGCGGUCAUUCUGGCUUUUGUCAUGGGGGCCGUCUUCUCCGGCAUCAUCGUCUAUUGUGUCUGCGACCACAGGCGCAAGGACGUGUCCGCCGUGCAGCGCAAGGAGAAGGAGCUCACCCACUCGCGCCGGGGCUCCAUGAGCAGCGUCACCAAGCUCAGCGGCCUCUUUGGGGACACCCAGUCCAAAGAUCCGAAGCCGGAGGCCAUCCUCACGCCACUCAUGCACAACGGCAAGCUCGCCACGCCCGGCAACACGGCCAAGAUGCUCAUCAAGGCUGAUCAGCACCACUUAGACCUGGCGGCCUUGCCCACCCCGGAGUCCACCCCGACGCUGCAGCAGAAGCGGAAGCCCAGCCGUGGCAGCCGCGAGUGGGAGAGGAACCAGAACCUCAUCAACGCCUGCACCAAGGACAUGCCCCCCAUGGGCUCCCCUGUGAUCCCCACGGACCUGCGGGCCUCCCCCAGCCACAUCCCCAGCGUGGUGGUCCUGCCCAUCACGCAGCAGAGCUACCAGCACGAGUACGUGGACCAGCCCAAAAUGAGCGAGGUGGCCCAGAUGGCGCUGGAGGACCAGGCCGCCACCCUGGAGUAUAAGACCAUCAAGGAACAUCUCAGCAGCAAGAGCCCCAACCACGGGGUGAACCUGGUGGAGAACCUGGACAGCCUGCCCCCCAAAGUCCCCCAGCGGGAGGCCUCCCUGGGCCCUCCGGGAGCCUCCCUGUCUCAGAACGGCCUGAGCAAGCGGCUGGAAAUGCACCACUCCUCCUCCUACGGCCUUGACUAUAAGAGGAGCUACCCCACCACGAACUCGCUCACGAGAAGCCACCAGGCCACCACUCUCAAAAGAAACAAUACUAACUGCUCCAAUUCCUCCCACCUGUCCAGAAACCAGAGCUUUGGCCGGGGAGACAACCCGCCCCCCGCCCCGCAGAGGGUGGACUCGAUCCAGGUGCACGGCGCGCAGCCCUCCGGCCAGGCCGUGACUGUUUCGCGGCAGCCCAGCCUCAACGCCUACAACUCGCUGACGAGGUCGGGGCUGAAGCGCACCCCCUCGCUAAAGCCGGACGUGCCCCCCAAACCCUCCUUCGCCCCCCUUUCCACAUCCAUGAAGCCCAAUGACGCGUGUACAUAAUCCCAGGGGAAGGGGUCAGGUGUCGAAACAGCAGGAACGGCCAGGCGCGCGCCCAGUUCGGCGAGGCCCUCCACUUCCUGAGUACCCACCAGACCAAGAUGGCCGCGGCGGCGCGGAGGACGCUGGGUCCCCCCCUCGGGGGCGCAGGGGGACUCUGGAAAAUUGGGCCACGUGGUGGGGUGAAGGUUUGCAACGCGGGACUCACCUCCAUUCUCUGACUUCACUGUCCCCUCACUCCGUGCAGCAGGUCGGACUCACGAGAGACUUGAAUUCUCAUCACAAACAUGAGCCAAAAGCACAUACCCACCCCCCCCAACCUUCACACGCAUGCGUGCGCGCGCCUGCGCACGCGCACCCACCCACACCCGCACCCACGCCCCACAACCCACGCCCCACAACCCACGCCCACACCCACACCGUGCGCACCUGCAGGGGAACAAUGACUGCAACCUGUUGUCCAGGACUGCACCGGGCGCUGCCCACCAGGGCUGGCGUUCCACCGGCAAAACACAAAACACAUUUUUAAAAAUCAUGAAAAUUAAAAAGACAAAAAAAAAUUAAAAAUAAAGAAUUCCUUGAUAAUUCUAACUCAGACUUUAACAAUGGCAGACGUUUACUAUGCGCAGAUACUGUGAAAUGCCCACCAGUGUUACAGCUUUCUGUUAUUAGCAGAUGAAUGCCAUGUUGGGCAACUAUGUCAUAGAUUUCUGCUCCUCUCUUUUAAUGAAAUAACGUGACCGUUAACGCAAGUAACUCUUUAUUUAUUGUUCACCCUUUUUUCCUUAAGGAAAGAACUCUUCCACCUACCAUCCUAUGAACAGCGCUUCAGAAAGGCCCCUUGAAAGUUAAACUAUUUAACGGGAAAUCCAUUAACUGGAAUAAUUGAGUUUAUUUUUACAAUAAAUUCACUGAGUAAAUAAGUUGGAGCUGCAAUUUUGAGCUUUGUGUUUGGACUGUCUGAUCUCUAGCUAAAGGAAAAAGUUGAGAGGGGAAUAUUUAUUUGAAUCAACCCAUUAAUUUGCUGGUCAGGUCUCUGGCCCAUAACAUGCAAAAAAUUAAUUAGUUUAAAAGUCCUUCCAGAUCCUAACUUACAAAGCAUCCGGGAGAGGAACUUUUAGAAUGACACGUCCUGCGUCCCGUUGCUGCCAACAUGGCUUUGUCAGUGGUUCUUACUUUCUGUGAAGGCACCAGCUUGUGAUACCCAUCUCAUUUCACCUUGCAUGUGAGACAGCAAACAAAAUCCACUAAAGGCGUGAACUAAUUAAUAUGCUGGCUGCUACCUUGCAUAAAUUAAUGGUUUGCUCACACGGGUUUUUCGUGGGGUUACAUCUGUGAAUAGCCUCUUUUCCACAUGUAAAUUUGUGCCUUACACCUGAGUUGUGUACACUUGUAAACUGUCGUUAUGAUAAACUUUCCUCCCGCCUUUUGAAAUAAAUGCAGAUAUUUAUUUGACCCUCCCUCCCCCCACCCCC